CACACAUACAUAUAGCUGGUACCGAGGGUCACACGGCACAACGCUGCACACACCAACACACAGGUGAAUUUGUCGUCACAGUUGGCUACUCUUCGGAUUUCAGAGUCUUCAUUAUUUUUGAUUCCGAUUCCGAUUCUGAGCACCAAAUACUAAACACCUAAGCACUCGGAACCGAACGAACGAAGCAACAGGAACAACCGGAACAAGAACUUUCACAUCAUGGUGGACCGUCUGGUGAACUCGGAGGCGAACACGCGACGCAUCGCCUCCGUUGAGAAUUGUUUUGGAAGUUCGGGUGUGCCGCUGGCGAUGCAGGGCCGUGUCCUGGUCGGCGAAGGUGUGCUAACCAAGAUGUGCCGGAAGCGUCCAAAGAGCCGCCAGUUUUUCCUUUUCAACGACAUCCUGGUCUACGGGAAUAUAGUGAUUGGCAAGAAGAAGUACAACAAGCAGCACAUCAUGCCGCUGGAGGAGGUAUCGCUGGAGUCGAUUGCCGAUAAUCAGCAGUAUAGGAAUGGCUGGUACAUUCGCACCACCACCAAGUCGUUUGUGGUGUAUGCCGCCACCAGUACAGAGAAGCAGGAAUGGAUGGCGCACAUCAACAAGUGCGUGGAGGACCUGCUGCGCAAAAGCGGCAAGAAGCCGGUGGAGAAUCAUGCCGCUGUUUGGGUGCCGGACACCGAGGCCAGUGUCUGCAUGCACUGCAAGAAGACGCAGUUUACGUUUAUCCAGCGCCGUCAUCACUGCCGCAACUGCGGUGCUGUCGUCUGUGCCGGCUGCUCCGCCAAGAAGUUUCUGCUACCACAGCAGAGCACCAAACCGCUACGCGUCUGCGACGCCUGUUAUGAUCGUUUAAAGCAUGUGCCAAGCUCCAGCUCUGGCGAGGAUUCGGCAGCUGUGGCCGCAGCUACCGGAAAUAAGCUCAACACAACCGCCGGUGAUAGCUCCAAUGAUGAGGAUUCCGACGAAGAUAUUGUCUCGCCGGGCGGCGAAUCACAUGACGAGCCCCGUUUCUAUGGCGACAACAGCGUGCUCUCCUCCGCCGAUGACUCCACGAUAGCCACUCCCUCCUCCACGAUUACCGCAACGUCAGCGCUGGGCCAUUCCGGCGUUGGUGGCGAGCCAGCCCAAGCCACCCCGAAUCCAGCUGCCCCCAUAGUCGGCAGCCACUGCUGAGAAGAUCAAAAAAGAGAGUUAACCCACUGCAAGACGAACAACGGAAACGAUGCGAGCAGGAGGAGAUCAAGGAAAUACGAAAGAUGACGGUAUUCAAGGCACGACCCAAUCCAUUCAAG